AUGGUCUUGUUUCUAGGCUCUAACAUUUGCACUUCCAGAGGAGUGAGUACCUGUGAAGAAUGUUUGUCGAUACAUCCGACCUGCGCCUGGUGCUCUCAGGAGAUCUUUGGAAAGGGAGGCUCGAGUUUGUCCCGUUGUGAUCUCAGAGACAGUCUCAUUCAGUCUGGUUGUGGAGUGAAGUUUAUUGAGUUUCCAGUUAGCAGCAUGAGGAUACUAAAGGACAUACCCCUGAGUGACAAGGCAGGGGUUUCAGAGGACAUCACUCAGAUCCAACCACAAAAAAUCCGCCUGACCCUCAGGCCAGACGAUUCAAAGAAAUUCACUGUCACUGUGAAGCAAGCAGCUGAUUACCCAGUGGACCUGUACUACCUGAUGGACAUGACCAAUACCAUGACGGACGACCUGCAGAAGCUUUAUACACUGGGCAAUGGUCUGGCCACUGCUUUACGGGGCGUCACCAGUAAUCUGCGCAUGGGAUUUGGAGCUUUUGUAGACAAACCGCUCUCACCUUACAUGUACAUUUACCCUGAAGAAGUCAUCCAGAAUCCUUGUUAUAAGUUUCCUGAACCCUGCCCACCGCAAUUCGGCUAUCGUAACGUACUGUCUCUGACGGAGCAAGUAGAGCGGUUCACAGAGGAAGUGAAGAAACAGAAAGUGUCCAGAAACAGAGAUGCCCCUGAGGGUGGAUUUGACGCUAUCAUGCAAGCAGUAGUAUGCAAGGUGACAAUUGGAGAUAUGGUUUCAUUUAGCAUUGAGGCAAAACUUCACGGCUGCCCUAAAGAGAAGAGCCGGACCUUCAUGGUCAAGCCAAUGGGCUUUAAAGACACCCUUCAGGUGAUUGUGGACUUUGCUUGUGAAUGUGACUGUCAGCAGUCCUCCGUGCCCGCCAGCCCGUCCUGUCACCACGGGAACGGUACCCUGGAGUGCGGUAAUGGUGAGUGCAACUGUGGCACCUGUCACUGUAGCCCCGGAUGGUCCGGCGAGAGCUGUAACUGUUCGACCCGCACAGACGCCUGCAUGGGGAGCGGAGGAAUGCUGUGUAGUGGCCGUGGCCACUGUGUGUGUGGCGUCUGUGAGUGCACACAGCCAGGAGCCUAUGGAUCAACCUGUGAGAAGUGUCCCACCUGCCCAGACGCCUGCACCAUUAAAAAGUGAG